UGCCUGACUCGCUGAGUUCCCGCAACACUUUGUGUUUUGCUCCAGAUUGCUUGCAUCAGCAUAGUAAUUGUUGGUGACACCACUCCUGUUUUGAAAGUGUGCAGUUUCGAUUUGCACUCGACUCUCCGCCCCUGAGUUUGAUCAGGAAGUACAGCGCCGGUGGAUUCUCCUUUUCCCCAAAGCUGUCUUCUCCUUGUGCCAUGGCAGGUGAACCAAAGGGGUUUCUCCUACAGCAGUCAGCCAUCACCCCAGGUGUGUUUACCGAGGCUGACUUUGUGUCUUUCAACAAGAUCGCUUCAGGAAAGUUCGCAAAUGUCUUCAAAAUAAAACACAAAGUGUGGAGGGUGAACUUGGCCCUGAAGUGCUGCCAUUUGUUACGUGAAGAAUCAUCAACAUUUGAAAGGGACAUGAAAUAUCUGAUGGAGGUGGCAGGGAAGACGCUGAGAGUAAAGUUCAAGCACAUUUUGCCAGUAUAUGGGAUUUGUACACGGCCAGCGGGAAUUGUAAUGGAAUACUUAGAAAACGGCUCUCUGGAUAAAUUGCUCCUCAAAGAUACAUUACCUUGGCCAAUGAAAUUCCAGAUUAUUCAUGAGACGUCUUUGGGAAUGAACUUCUUACACAGUAUGAAGCCACCACUACUUCACUUGGAGUUGAAAGCUAGAAACAUACUCCUGGAUGAAAACCUCCAUGUCAAGAUAGCAGAUUUCGGAUUAUCAAAAUGGGAAGAUAGCAUGAGUAAUAUGGAACAAAUUGAAAGGUCUGCUAUGAGAGGAACCAUCAUCUACAUGCCACCAGAAUUGUCAAAUAAACCUUCUGGAGUCGAGCAUGACGUUUACAGCUUCUCCAUUGUGACGUGGGAGGUUGUGACACAGCAGAGGCCCUAUGCUGGAACUGACAUACUGGCUGUAUUUGUGAAAGUUGUGGCAGGAGAGAGACCGUGCCUGAAAAUAAUCCCAGAAGACGGCCCUCCAGGAUGCGCACAGGUGGUUGAACUGAUGCAAAGAUGUUGGAAUCAGGAACCAAAGAGACGACCUUUGUUCUCCGAAAUCGUUGUGGAAACUGAAAUGUUGUGUAGCCUGUUACAAUUCCCAGAUAUUGACAGCAGUAAGACAACUGAGAAAGCAAGAAUGUGUCUGCGUUCACCACAUAGUAGCCUUCAAAAUGGAACAAUAAUUUCAGAGAUUGCAAGUUAUGAAUUGCAGAAGUUGAGCCUGUUGUCCGGGACUGAAACUGAUGGUGAAAUCUCCAUUGAUUCUAGAAGGGAACUGUUGCAUUCUCUACUAGAAAGUGACCUCAGUCAUUUGAAGAGGAUAUUCAGAAAAGAGCAUGUUAGCUGGAACUUUGUGCAAGACUACACUUUGAUGCACUUGUCCGUUCUGACUGGAGAUGUGGAGUUUGUUCAGCUGGUUCUGGAGUCUGGGGGAUGUGUAAAUGAUCAGACAUCCCGAGGGGCCACACCUCUGAUACUGGCUGUGCAGUACAGGUUUGUGCACCUGUGUAAGUUACUGAUCCAGGAGGGAGCCAUUGUCAAUCUAGUGGAUGAAGACAAAUGGGCACCUCUGCAUUUUGCAUCUCAGAAUGGGGAUGACCACAUUGCCCGGCUACUCUUGGACAAGGAUGCCCAGGUCAAUGUGAAGGAGGCUGAUGGAUGGACACCACUCCACCUGGCCUCCCAGAACAGCCAUGAGAACGUGAUACGAGUGCUCUUCACUCGAGGUGCAGAUACCAGUUCCCUUGACCAUGAACAUUGCUCAUGUCUCCACCUUGCUGCAUAUUAUGGUUACUACAGCAUCACCAAGCUACUGAUUACUCAAGGAGCCAAUUUAAAUGAAGCACAGACUGGCCUGAAGACACCACUCCAUCUAGCAGCUACAAGGGGUUUCUUCAGAGUGGCGAGGUUACUGGUGAACAGUGGAGCUGAUAUCAAUAGUCUAGAUCACUCUCAUUACACCCCUCUGCAUUUGGCAGCAUUGAAUGGCCACACGGGAAUCUGCCGGCAUCUCUUGAAGCAUGGGGCUGAUGCCCAGCAAAAGUCCUUGCAGAAUUGGAUCCCCUUGCACCUUGCUGCUCUGAAGGGUCACACAUCAACUGUACGUCUUCUGAUGGAACAUUUAUCUGAUCUUAAUGUCGGUGGAGACCUUGAAUGGACUUCACUGCACCUGGCAACAUGCUACAGCCAAGAGGAUGUUGUCUCUGAGCUCCUUGAGAGAGGUGCCAAUCCCAAUGCCACUGAAGCUUCAGGAUGGACACCGCUGCACCUGGCUGCCCACGGAGGCAGGUUCCGCUGCCUUGCCAAGUUGCUUGACCACCAAGCCAAUGUGAAUGCUGUCAGUCACACCGGAUGGACAUCGCUGCAUGUGGCAGCCGUGAGUGGGAGUGUGAACAUCGUAAGGAUGUUGAUCAUGCAGGGAGCUGACCUGAAGGCCCAAGACCAGUAUCUCAACACUCCCCUGCAGUUGGCUACGAAGCAUCUGAACCACAACGUGGCCAGCGUACUCUCAGCUGAAGAAACAGCAAAGCAUGAUUCAUGACUUACCUUGUCUGGGCUGUUCACAAACUCCAAACACUUGAUGUUGGAAAUUUAAAAUCUGCUAAGGGAUGGACCUUCCACAUCUGAAUCUCUGCUUGAAUUGAGACCAGUGUUGAAUGUAAACUUCCUCAGAAUGACAGGGUGUCCAGAGGAAGAACAAUGGAG